AUGACAAACGAAACAGUCGAUCCAUCCCUUCUUGCGAUGUCUCAGGAAAUAUCUGAGGUCAGGCCGGACUUGCCGGACUUGACCAUCCCAGCCGCUUUGAAUCAAGCCGCAGAUUCCUCAACUACUCCAAAGCCAAAACGAAACCGCCGUACCAAUGCCGAGAUGGAGAUCUACAGGGCCAGCCAAGAAAUCGAGAAAUCGACUUCAAAGAAAACCAACAACGAGAAAGAGUAUAAAUAUUGGGUUCCAACUGCUAGACGCUUGGCUGCCCUCAAGAAAAAUUCUAAUGCACACCGUUCAGCAGCAAAGCCAGCAACUAGUACGAGCAGAACUGCAGACGCCAAUCCUCAGUUUAUUGCGACCGACUAUCAGCUUAUUUGUAGUUACCUUGAAGAUCCCCAACACUACACCCAAAUAUAUGGAAACGGUACUAGAACAUCGGUUGGCCCUCAAUCUCUAACUAAGGGUGCAGCAUACGAUGUGUUUGCUAUCUACAUGAACGACCAGACCAACAAACGACUUCACCUUGAUGGGAAGCUCCUCCGACAACGUAUCGAGGCUUACAAGAAGAGAUUCACCAACGCUAAGCAUUGGGCUGAUACGACUGGAGCUGGUAUCGAUAUCUGUGAUAAUGGGAUCACCAUCAAAGCUAAGUUAGAAUCGAUGUGCCCCUGCUAUGAGAGAAUGGAUCAGAUUUUUGGAGGCAAGCCAAAUGUUACACCGGCAGCUCAAUAUGAGUCUCAAGGCGGGAUGGAGCUAUACGAUCAACCAAUGGAUGACGACCGACUUCGAUCCACCGAGUUGUUUUGCUCCAAUCGGGAGGUAAAUGAAAAUCAAGAGACUUUGUCAGCCCAAGAUCAACCUGAAGAUCAAUCUCACAUUGCUGCUGCCGGUGAAGAAACCACCAUGGGAGGAAAUGCUGAGUUACCUGAAGAACCAAAUACCAGGUCUACUCCAGCCUUGCAAGCAGAAACCCGUCUUUCUGUCCAAUCUCAGCUGUUGCCGCAUCAAUUGUCCAUCCAAACUGGGACCAAUCAGCCCCGUCGCACCAUGGCAUCAAUUCUCGGCAACCUCCAGAGGUCGGUUGCCCUUGAUGAGGCUGAAGAUGCUGCAGAUGAAGUCGAAGAUCCACCAAUCAAACCUGGUCCCUCUCAAGGUCGUUUUCCAAAUCAGAAUGCGGACAACCAAUCAGUUCCGGGACCAAGACGAGAACCAACCGGAAACCAAAAGGGAAAGUCAACUGUUGCAGCUGCAUUCAAAUCAUCGGCCGACAAAAAAUUCUCCUACCUCGACAAGCAUAUGGCUAUGGAAGAGCCCGAUGCCAAGUUACGUAUGGCUGAAAAGCUGAUGAGUGAGGGACGAAGCGCUGCCGAGAUUGAGAUCAUCAUGAGAUGUGCAUUCUAG